GACGGCGCGUGCAGGCUGGCAGGCAGGCUGGAGGAGCAGAUCGCUGAGGGGCGUCCUGACAGUAGGUGGGGAACCUGUUCACCAGCUCCACGCGCGUUCCGCUCCGCUCCGCCGCUCCACGAGCUGUGAGCAACUCGGGCACCAAACUCGGACACAAAGCUCGCCCUUGAUUCAAAAAACUUUUUGUUUUCCUUCAGAGGAGCAGGGGGGGGGAGGACAUCUUCGCUGCCCGUGCGCGCUGGCGAUGUCCGGAUCGUACUGCAAAAGUUUGUACCCGUUCAGCGGGGAGCAGCACCAGCAGGGACUGAGCUUCGAGGCUGGGGACGUUAUUAAGGUGGUCCAGGCUCUGCCCGGAGGCUGGUGGGAGGGCGAGAGGGAUGGAGCUAGAGGAUGGUUCCCUUCAAGUUAUGUCCAGGUGUUGGAGAGCACCGCAUCUCUGAGUCAUCUCUCUGUUGAGGACCUCAGAGAACCCCUGCCACCUCUCUGGAAAUGCUACAUGUCUCCACAAGGGCGGCGAUACUACGUCAACACCACAAGCAAUGAGACGACAUGGGAGAGACCGUCCAGUGUACCUGGGACCCCCAAGACCUCCCUUCGACACAAGAACUCCCUGCCAGCAGUGAAUGGAUUUCACUCAGGUGGUAGUCCCUUGCAUCAUGUGGAGCAUUCACACAACAGUCUGGUUAGGAAGAGCAGUACAGAGCCACAGAGCCCGGGAUCAACGUCGCCCACCAGGAAACAGAACAAGGAGACCACGGUCACGAUUAACUGUGUGACGUUCCCGUCACAUGCGUGCAUGCCAGAGCAACAGCUGCUGAAACCGAGCGAAUGGAGCUACUGUGACUACUUCUGGACCGAUAAGAAGGAUCCCCAGGGCAACGGCUACAUCACAGGAUUUGAGGUUUUACUGCAGAAACAGCUGAAGGGGAAACAGAUGCAGAAAGAGAUGGCCGAGUUCAUACGAGAAAGGAUAAAGAUAGAGGAAGAGUACGCCAAGAAUCUCUCCAAGCUCUCUCAGAUCCCUCUGGCGAGCCAGGAAGAAGGAACUCUGGGGGAGGCUUGGGCCCAGUUGAAGAAGAGCCUGGCAGACGAAGCUGAUGUUCACCUAAAGUUCUCCUCAAAGCUCCAGAGCGAAGUGGAGAAGCCUUUCCUGACCUUCCGGGAGAACUUUAAGAAGGACAUGAAGAGGUUCGACCAUCACAUCGCCGACCUACGGAAACAGCUGGUCGGUCGCUAUGCAGCAGUGGAGAAGGCCCGGAAAGCUCUGGCUGACAGACAGAAGGAGCUGGAGUUGAAGACUCAGCAGCUGGAGAUCAAACUCAGCAACAAGAUUGAAGAAGACAUCAAGAAAGCCCGCAGGAAAUCCACACAAGCAGGAGACGACCUGAUGCGCUGUGUUGACCUUUAUAACCAGUCCCAGUCCAAAUGGUUUGAGGAGAUGGUGACCACAAGUCUGGAGCUGGAGCGGCUGGAGUUGGAGCGGGUGGAGAUGAUCAGACAGCAUCUGUGUCAGUACACCACCCUUCGGCAUGAGACAGACAUGUUCAACCAAAGUACGAUGGAGCCGGUGGACCAGCUCCUGCAGUGUGUGGACCCGGCCAAAGACAGAGAGCUGUGGGUGCGGGAGAAUAAGACUGGAGAGAUCAGGCCAGUGGACAUAGAGAUCUGAUCUCGGUGCUGUCGCGACGGCGCUGCAUAUGUACACUUUUACCCCCAAGCUCACACUCAGACACGCUCACCCAGAGGCCACAUGCCUGAGCACUGACUGGGAGAUGAAAUCUGUGCCGGGAUCUUCACUACCACUCCACUGAUCUACAUGUGACUCCUAAUAGACUGAUUGAUGGAGGAUGAUGUCAAUAUUAGGGGAGAUUAGUGAGACGCAUUAGUGAUGAAUGAAGAUGUCAGAUAGUGACAGGCUGUAGUUUGCAAGCUGAUGCCAAGCUGCGGUGGCACAGGAAAACGGGAACUGUGAGUGUAAAAUGUGAGACGAGAGGUGAAAGCGAAUGAUCAAGAAGCACCAACAAAGAACAUUUAAAACCUGUAAAUGUUGAAUAGCUUUAUGUCAUGCAGCAGUGUAAAGCUGCGGUCUGUACGUGCUUUUGCUGUGAGGUAAUUCUCCGAUUCACUUGUGUGUCGAUGCACACGUGACUUCAGAAAUGCAAGCUGUUGGCAAAAAUGAUUUAACUGAUGCUGCAAAGCAAAAUGCAUUCUGACCCAAGAGUGUUAUAUUACUGUGUACCAGAAUAAUAUAGUAUUUUAAGUACUAAAAUCCACAAUAUGUAGGUAUUGACUGUUUGCAAAACCCCACACCCCUGUGUUACUGUUGCUAUGCCUGUCAAGCAUACAGUUCUGGCACGUCACAUAAUGAGUUUACUAAAAGUAUCUUGGCUGAAAUGACAACUGUCGCUUGCAGACUUUAUUUGCUUUAAUUAGCUAGGCUAAGCUAAUGGUGACACUAAAACUCUGUCUUUAGCUGACUUUUAAAAGUUUCCAAUUAGCUUUAAACUGAGAGUCUGUAAAACCGUCUUAUAAUAUGCACACAGUGGCUACACACAUGAUGUUGAAAGACUGAAGCUAAAGCUAACAGGUCCCAGAAAAAAGGUUAGCAUACUCACCAGCAGAUGAUCCAAGUAGAAGACAUGGAAAUAAAGUGUUAUUCAUUAAAGAAUGUGCAACAAAAUGCUUACCAGAGAAGCAUUUUCAACAGCAUGCGUCACUUAGGUUAUAACAUUCUAAUGUUGGCAGCCUACAUUAGUCGAUAAAAACACAGUUCCAUUCUUUACACUUGUUGUUACACAUAUGGUAUUGCUCAUAUUAGACCCCCAUACACCCCAUUUAUGUUAAGAAAUCCAAAGCUUGACAGGCCUGCAAUGCCUAGUUACAGCUGGUAAGCCAUGAUUGUCAGUAACUGACACCAUGGUUUGGGUUGGGGUUUAGCCAACGGUCAAUUGCUGAGGACAAAAAUCUGAAAUCUGGCCACACUUCUUCACAUCUCUGACAAAAUAAAAUCUAAAGCUCAGCACUCAGUUUCAUUUCCACCUGUGUUUUACUACAUUCCUAAUAAGGAUUUAAAAAAUCAGCCAAUUGCACUUUAUACCAAGUGAUUUUUAAUUGCUGUUCAUAUGAAAAUUAUUCUGAAGAGAACUUACUGUUACACAUUUUAUUACUGAAGCUGGGUUGUGGUCAUGUUCACGAGGAGCCUGGUGUAAAUAUUUGGGAUGUGUGAUCUGCAGUGAAAGCAGGAAGUAGAGUGAAGGAUGUAAAAUACAAUAGACACAAAGACAUACAAUAUACAGAAAUUUGGUACUGAUAAUAUAUGAAACGUACAAAGUGUUUUACAUGCAAUAGAAAUAACAGCCCUUUUAAAUAUUCGAUUGUUUUGGAAAUACAAGCGCUUCAGUUGGAUUGACUGUCAGUGCUCCUGCCUGCAGAAGCUAAAUGUUGUACAAAUUGCUCUUUACCACCAUGUCUUGUCCAGUAUUAUUAGUACUACUUGACUAUUGAGAGUAGAGGACUGAGAUGCCUUUGUACAUUAACAUCUAAAGGUUGGCAUUUUUCAUUAAUAAAAGGAAGAUAUGUACCUUAUAUCAUAA